GUCGCCUCAGGUUGGCCAGUCGGUGCUCGUCCGUUGAGCGGAGCGGUCGUUUGGAGGAGAGCCUUCGUCGACAGUUUUUUUUUUUUUAUAUAUAUAUAUAUAUUCUAUCUAUAUUCCCACCCCCCCCGCACCCGUCGUAGGCGAAGAUGGCUGAUCCGGCCGCCCAGUCCCCGUUUAUUUCUUCUUCGGCCGGGGGUGGCUCCUCCGAGGCGGGAGGACGAGACCUGAAGGGGGCAGGUUCCCCCCAAUCUUGCGCUGAUUCCUUUGUUACUUCCUCUCAGCCUGUCUCUCUCUUUUCGACCUCACAAGCCGGAGUUUAUUUAACACAUUCCGGGAAUCAGAGGGAAGCCAACUCUGCUCUCCCCAAAGACCAACAACAGGAAGUCUUAGAAGGACCAAAACCAGGAAGCGUCCAAGGGACCAAGGAAGCUUCAAGGAUGGAGACCAUUUCGGUGGCAUCUCCUCGCCAAAUGGAAUUGCCCUUUUCAGUUGGAUCCAAAAUUCGUAGCCGCGGCCCCAUUGUGGAAGCAACUUCUCUGCGGGAAAGUGAGUUCACAGGAGCUAGUCCCCUGGAUGGUAAGACUGAUCAGAAUGGAUGCCAGUCUGAAGAAGAACGAGGGUCAAAAGGGCACUCCACAUUUGCACUGUUGGCCAGUUCGGAAGACGAAUGCGAGAAGGUUCCUUCUGAGAUUCUCCGUUCACAUUCCACCCCGUCUCCCAGCGUCACUGUGGAGCCACCCGUGGAAAAAGAUUCCCCGGAAUCUCCAUUUGAGGUCAUUGCUGACAAACUGGAAUUUGAUAAGGAAUUCAAAGAGGUUCCGACCAACAACUCCAAGGACAUUGGGAGCAACUGGGUGAUCCACAGCGAAAGGGAGCUGUUGACUGACAUUCCAGAAGAUAGCGUUUGCGAGUUCCAGAUAAAGCCCCGUAGCAGCGGGCGGCUUCCCUCAGGACCGGGGCUCUCCCGCCAGUCUUCAGGCACGACGGCGGCACUGGAGGAAGUCUCCAAAUGUGUCCGUGAACUGCACAGCUUCAACAACGAGCUGCUUAACUGGGACUUGAUUCCCAGUAAGGAUCUGGAAGACAAGACGGAUGACUUUAUCGACACGGGCUUUAAGGCCUCGUCUGCCGAAAUCGGCGGCAGUAUUCCAGAAACUGUGGUGAGCCCUAGCGAUGUGGAAACCGGCAAGGCGUCCGUGCCUCACCACCCCGUCACGAUCAGGCUCCACCCAAAAGGCAAGCCGUCUCCAAAAGUAGACAAGAAUCAAGCCACGGUGGUUGGCCAAGCCGUAACUGCGGUGAAAAGUGCUCCUCCGGAAGUCUUCCAGGUGACAGCCGAGCUGUCUUGGCCCAAUCCAUGCUUGCCUGAAACGGCCGAUGCGGAUAGCUCUGGAGAAUCUGAUGACACGGUCAUCGAAGAUGUUCCAGCUGACCUGACAUUCCCGAAUAAGGCGGCGGCUGUGAAUUGCCAGGGGUUCUCGAAACUCACCGGCUCUUCUGAAGCCGAAAUUGAAUAUAUAGAUGAGGAGGACGAAGAGGCAUCUGAUGAGCUUCAGGAAGACCAGAUGGUUCCCCAGUCCUUGGAAAGCCGUUGGCGAUUCGCCGAUGAGUUCAAAGCAAUCCAGGCUGUGGAGAGAUCGCCUCCUGCACUUCAGCCCUCCAGGGAACCAGGUCUAAGCGCACCUUCUAAAGCCAAGCAGGUGUUCGAUGCUGGAGAACUGGAGGUGCCAAGGAAGACUCCCAAGGCCGAAGACCCUUCGAGAAAGAUCACCUUGGACAGCGUCAAAGAGGUGGUGUGCCCUGACGGGCUGGGCAGUGAGAGUUUUAUGGACUUCAUGAAGGAGUGCUUAAAAUCCAAGGGGGGCGAAUCGCCCGAAGAUCCGGUCGAGAUGUUCUCGGAGGCAGAGCUGAAGGCUGCCCGUUCCCAAGGGGCCUGGCCCUACUUUCAGCAGCCGCCCCAAGUCAAGCAAGAUUUCGAACACGAGCACGUCACCAUCACAGCCCUCAAAGAAGUGGGGAGGAAAGCCGAGAUGGAGAGAUCCCCGCUCUUCUCUCCCUCCAGAGGGAGGCAUUCUGGACAGUACUGUGAGUUCCCGCCUGACGCUCCAGCAUCUGCUCCAAAGUCAGCCUUGGAGAAGAGGCCCCUCUGCCUUGAGCAGGCUGUCGAUGUGAUGCUGGUUCCCGCCAGUGUCAGUCUUGGGAAAACGUCUCAUCCGCUUCCUCCCGAGCCGCCGUCCGCACUACACGCCAUGACAAAAUUACUGGCUGAAUUCUCAGUGCGAGAUCUGGUUUUCUGGAGGGAUGUCAAGAAGACCGCCGCCGUCUUCAGCACCACCCUGAUCCUGCUGCUCUCCCUGGCCGCCUUUAGCGUCAUCAGCGUCGUCUCGUACCUCAUCCUGGCCCUGCUGUCUGUCACCAUCUGCUUCCGGGUCUACAAGUCCGUCAUCCAAGCUGUGCAAAAAUCCGAAGAAGGCCAUCCCUUCAAAGCCUAUCUAGACAUGGACGUCACCCUCUCUUCCGACACCUUCCAUCACUACGUCAGCUCCGCCCUGGUCCAUGUCAAUCACAUCCUGAAAGCCAUCCUGCGCCUGUUCCUGGUGGAAGAUUUGGUCGAUUCACUGAAGCUCGCAGUCGUCAUGUGGCUGAUGACGUACGUCGGGGCCAUUUUUAAUGGGAUCACCCUUCUCAUCCUAGGGGAAUUGCUGGUUUUCAGCAUGCCGGUCGUUUAUGAGAAAUAUAAGACUCAGAUCGAUCAUUAUGUCGGGAUCUUCCGGGAUCAAGCCAAAUCCGCCGUUACAAAGAUCCAAGCGAAGCUGCCCGGCACCGUGAAGAAAAAGCCCGAAUAACCUUCGCCAGCUCACGAAGAAUACCCAGCCAUUAACGAAAUCCACACCACCACCACCAACAACAACAACAAAAAAAAAAUUACUCCCUCUUGUGUCAUGGCUAUAAUCACUGUUACUCAUAUCUUAUGAAGGAACUUGCCAAGUCAGCUUGAUGUCUGCGUUCCAAGCUUACUGAUUGUGUUUUAUUAUUAUUAUUAUAAUAUUGUUAUUAUUAUUAUUAUUAUUAUCACCACCACCCCUUUCCCUUCCCCCUCCCCCAAAAAGCCGAAACACUGAGCUUUCAGAGAUGCACUGGAAUAAUCAUGAAACUGGUUUAUCGGGUAGUUUAAAAAAAAAAAAAAAAAAAAACUUGAGAAAAAGGAGGGGAGGUGCUUUAAAAGGAGUCCUCCCCCACACUCCCCCCGUGUAAGUGGGGAGGAUGGGGGGGGCGAUGCUUGGAGAAAAACACCCCACCCACCAACACUCCUCAAAAGUCAAAAAGGCCGCAGUGUCCUCAGUUUCCCCAAGCGGUGAGGACCCCCCCCCCCUUCUCCUUCCCUCCAAUCCCCCUCGGAUGAAAGGAUUGCCAACCAACCCAAGUAUUUCCCUCCCCACUUCGCUUGCCCUCCUUCCUUAGUGAAAUGGGGGGGGGGGGGUUUCCCAACUUCGGGGUGGGGGACAGGACGGACCGAGGAAUCUGCUGCAACCAGGUUUGCAGCUUCCUUACCUCCCCUUCCUCUCCCCCACCCCAUCGGAAUAAGACGCUCCUAAUUUAGGAAGCUCUGGGCAGCCUUUUUUUUCUCCCCCCCCCCCCCCCCCCCCCAAUUUCUCUUCUCCCUGAAAAUAGAAAUAUUCUGCAUCCCCCCCUCCCCAUUGUGGCUUCGCUCCCUCUCCUUUUCUUGCAAGCUCAUCCUUCUCCUUCCCUCCCUGCCCGAAUUCUGUAUUUUUAUUUUAUUUUAUUUUCCCUGCGUGAUCCCGAACUGAAAAAGUCUGCAACUGCUGUAACAAAUGGCUGUCCUUAAAAAAGAAAAUAAUAAUAAUUCAACACCCCCCCCCUCCCACCGCCUCUUUCCCUCCUUUCUCAUACCAUUUUAGCCUCAAAAAACUUAAGGCAAGGAAUUCCCUCCCUCUUCCUUCUGAGCCCCUCCCUCAUUUCUCUCCCCCCCCCUUUCUCGUACUCUUGCUUCCAAUUCAGGGAAGAGCAGAGUUGGGAGAGCAAAGAGGCUAGUCCUCAUGGAGGGGCUAGUCCUUUUGGGCGGAGGGAGGAAAUUCCCAGGGAUUUCCCUUCCCUUCCUGCGAAGUGGAAACGCCCCCAGAAAGAAAUAGGAAACUGAAUAGGAAAAGAUUGCCUUCCCCACCCCACCCGAGGCUGCCUCGGUUUCCUUCCCCUUCUCACAUCUCACCCACCCUUCCUUUGCAAGCUGGUUGUUGUUUAAAAUUGAGGGGGGAGAUGGGGGCCACAGACUCAGGGAAGGGAGACCCUCAAGCACGUCAGCCCCAAAAUCUUGGCUCGGGGAAGAGCAUCCCGCCUGCCAUCCAUCGGAAGGCAGCUGUGCCAUAAUUUUUCCACGGGGUAGAGGGAGGGGCCGGUUAAUUCUUGGGGUGCCACUUCAGGCAGUAAUGGGGGGGGGAAUCCCAUUUUUGAGAGCUGCAUGCAUUCCCAACGUCCUUCAAUGCCAUCCUCUGUUUCCCAAGGAGACCCCCUAAGCCUCUGGCUUCUCUCCCCCUCUUCAACCCCCCCCUCCUUCCCUCCCUCCGCCUCCCCCCCCCAAAAUACCCUUUUUAAAAGCCUUUUUCUGCACCAGAUGCUUCGAACAUCUGUCACUGCUGUUGUUUGCCUACCGUGAACUGACUCCUUUUGCGCCCGGGGCAGACUCUUCUUUUCUUUUCCUUUUUUAAAAAAAAUGUACGUAGAUGGCAAAAACAAGAAUUACCCACAACGCCCUUCGCAUCCGAUGUGCUUUAUGGGACGGUGGUAUGCAGGAAACGCGAGGGCGCCUCUUGGGGGCUUGAGACUUAACAACGGUGGGUGGGAGACGGGGGGGGAGAGAAGAGGGUCUCGACUGUCCUUUUGAUGUGGUGUUGAAUAAAGGAGCACUUGGUGAUCUCGA